UUGAAAAUAGCAAAAUUUCAUUGUUUUUUUUAUAACGUGAGUGGAUCAACAUCAGGUCGGUUGGUUGUUUUAUAUUUUUCGAAAUAGGUAUAGCGAUUCGUCAGUAGGGAGCGAAUUUCGCAGGUACAUGGCUUGCGAUCAGUGCGAUGUACGUACGUAAGUGCAGCAGCGAUGAAUUCAAGUCGGUCUUUAUCAUUACUUCAACGAGAUCGAUUGGAUCGUCCUCAGCGCGGGGUUCAAGGAGAGACGAAUGCGCGACGGAAGAUGAGCGAGUAGCUGCAAGUGCGGGCUUGAAUUUUGUACGUCGAGCGUCGUCUCAAGCGUUGGCACCGAUUCAAUCGUACUAUUCGAGCGCGAGUAGCGCGGAUCUAUCGAUGCGAUCCUUGAAUUUCUCUCGAUCUAUUCUUCGAAGCGGCGAUCGACGGCGUAAUAUUCGUUCGAACGAGUCGUUCACCUUCGAUCGAGGAGGUUAUCCAAGAGCUACCCUCGUAAGAGCAGCGACAAAAAAUUGCAUUACGCGCGAGCUGUUACUAGCGCAACAGCUAGUUAGCUUCGAAUUUGGCCAAGAGCCAAGAAAAAGAAUAUCGUGUCGAAAAUAACGCAGUCGACAGCGACGCAGUCCAGCUUUUUCAAUUUGCCGAGCAUCAGUUGCAGCUCGACGUUGUGCACUUUACGGACUGGUGCGUGAUCGACGAUUGUGCCUGUGCAAAGUGAACCUCGUUUCUUCGCUCGUCCCGCAGUGCGCAGUCCGUCAGUGAAAUAAUGUGAGAGCAACGCGACUCGACCAACCGAUUGCCUACUUCGUUAGCGGAGGAGAGAUCUAAAUGUGUUCAAUAGCAGCGAUACCGUCGGAACUGCGGGUUUUGGGGCGCAGUCCUCCUGUGUGCGGCUCGCUGCUCUACAGCUCGUUGAUGGUGACGACUCCAGCAGGGCCGAUCGUCAGCAGAAACACGGUACCGCCGCAGAUUCGCUCUUGUCUCGCGUCGGCCUCGCUGCAGCUCAACGAGCUCAUCAAAACCAGCAGCGAGGAUGCGAGCAGCAGCAGCGUCGCCGACAGCAACAAGAGGAACAAGAAGAGGGUCGUGUUCGCCGACGACCGCGGAAGGCCCCUCGAGCACGUGCGAGUGAUCGGCGAGUCGAGCAGCACGCCGCCCUCGUGGACCAGCUCGUACGUGGCCAGCCUCGUCCGGGGGGGCCUCUUCCAGCCGUACGACGAGCUCGAGCAGCGGGCCCUGCAGGAGCACCAGCCCAGCGACGCCGUCGACUUUCCUCGCAAGCCUAGCUCCGACGCCUCCGUCUGGGAGCUGUGCUUCCUGCAGCCGGCCAGCGACUACAUAGGCUUCCGGGACAAGCUCGACAGGCACGGGGUCAGCUUGGAGAACGUCCUGGUGAACGAGGCCGAGCAGAGCCUCGUCGGCACCGUCAAAGUCAAGAACCUGGCCUACGUGAAGGAGGUCGCGCUGCGCCUCACCUUCGACCAGUGGACGAGCCAGCGGGACAUAGCCUGCGUCUACGUGCAGCAGCACGGCUUCGGUCAGUCGUCCGUGCGCAGCCUCUACGACACCUUCCGGUUUCGCGUCGACUUGAGCCCCGAGUCCGCCGCCAGUCGACAGAUCGAGUUUUGCGUUCGUUAUCGCACCCAAGGCCAAGAUUAUUGGGACAACAACGACGGAGCCAACUAUUGCCUCAAAAAGAAGAGAGACAUUUCAUUGGAGGAACAAAUUACCGAAUUUUUAUCAUCGUGCUGUGGCCCAACAUCUGUUCAUAACGGUUUCGAUCAAACUUACAAUCGUGAACAAUUACCGCACAAAAUCGAUACGAAAGAAGAUGCUAAGAUCCGUGACUGGAGCGAGUUCGCAUCUUGGCAACACCUCGAAAAUGACUCGCCCUACUGGUGAAUGACAAAUUUGGAAAAUACCAUCAAAUCUCAUUCAUUAAUUAUUAUUUGUCAUGCCAUUAGUGAUAUUACACCGGAAGAAUUUUCAUUGAUCGACAAAAAAAGUUUCAUCGUUAAUUGUUAAUAUCGUAGUAGUUUUUAUUAUCAAAAUCGUCUGGUUCUAUGUUCCAUCGAAACGAAUAGCUGCUCGUAAGAAGAUGCUCAUAAAAGCUGCUAGUAAAUGUAAUUUACAACAUUGGACACUUUCAAAUGCAGAACCAUUUUUCUACUGAAUUAAGGGCUUACUGUAAUAGUUGAUUAAGGUAAGAUUCUUUUCUGAUCUCCAGGAAACUGGGAAAAGACGGGGAAUUCACAGACACAGUUGAUUAAAAUCACAAUAGCAGGUACAACAAUUUGAAGCAGUAGUCCAAAAUAAUAAAUACUUCCAUAAAUGAAAAUAAUUGUAAGACACAGUAUUUAUAGUUAAAUAAUAAGUUAAGUUCUGUAAUUAUAAAGUUUUACGUAGUUUAUUUGAACACAAGACUUAGCCAUUUAAUUGAAUAUUUUUAUUGACUAUGUAACUAAAAUUACUGAAAUACAUGACGUCGUUAAAUCAUUCUGAAUAAACACCAGAUAAGAACUCAAAAAAAGAAAAAUGUUGUAUCUUUCUUAUUUUUUAAAGUUGAAAAAUUGCCAAAUAUGAUAUCCGUUGGGUUUAAGUUUAAUCUAAAAAAAACAUCAUAAGAGGGAAAAAGUGAGGCCAACCCUCUAUAUUAAUAUAGCACAAGAAUGCCUUCUUAGUGUCUGAGAGUUUUGGCCGUGAUCGAUGCUUGUCAUAAGUUAUAAACAUUAUCUUUGGACAAUGUACGUAAUUUUGCAUUACGGUCUAGACCCGAGUUUUCUUUACUUUCGGCGAGUGUAAUAAGUCCUAUUGGAUGACCACAAACUGCAAUUGGAAAUUAAGCUGGCAUGAGCUUCAUGUGUUCCGAUAUCUUGGUCUGCAGAAACUACAAAACAGUAUUUUAGCCUAAUGGCACCAUUAUUUGAAAUUCGCGGACUCGAACACAUACUGUAUUACGUCUAAUUAAUUUGACUAUGGAUACAGUAUCAGGAUGUGCUCUAGGAAGAAACAACUCUUUAAAUUCAUUGUCAGAUUUAACUAUCACACCAAUUUCAAUUACUUAACGCUUAAUUAUUUAGAAAAAAGUGUAUUUUCUUAACUAUCUACUAAAGUUUGAACAAAGGCACGUUUAAAAAAAUUAUAGAAUGUGAUUAACUAUUCCUUAUGACUUUUUCAUAAAAGUUUCAUUUCAAAAUCAAGCUAAAAAAAUAUGCGUAAAAUAAAUAAACAAUUGUUCACAAUUUUUUAUAAAAGAAUAUUCGUAGAGAACCCAAAGAAGACGAAAAAUGAAUAAUUAAUUUAAAUUAUUUUACAAAGUAGCAAUAAAUUUGAGUUUUUUACUUUUAGUAAUCUUUGAA